AUGAAUGUGCUCGUGUUCCUCGUUGUUGUCUUCAAAAGUUCUCUGACGUGCACUCCAUCUCUCAGUAAGCGUUUUCAUUUUCUCUGCUCACACCUAAACUGCUCCCAGGUUCUCCAUUAAUAUCAACUCCGGCUGCUCAACCGAUCACCCUGAUCUCUAAUCCACAGUUACCUCCAAUUGCAUUUCAAAUGGAUAAUUCUCAGCCUAAAGUUCCGCAGGCUGCUGAUUACGUUGAUGAACCAGUGACUAUACAGAAGUAUUCAGUGCUCUUUUAAUUUUCAAACGUCUUUUCACAUUCAGAGACAGUAUCUUGCCAUUGCAAGGAGAAAGGCUCAAGAAUCGUUUCUCGUUGUUCGACCUGUUCCGCCCACUAGCUCAACCUGCUACAUCUCAACCUAUUCUGAUCAAUGAAGUAAUCGAAAGAAUCAAUGAUACUUUUCGGAAUUAGUGUCCGGUUUUUCAGAAGCCCGUUGACGUGGUCUCAAUGAAUAUCACCUUUUCCCCGCCGGUUCAUUGGACGUUUUGCUAUCCGAGUUGUGGAGUUGGUGAUCAAGCAGUGGAUUCCGAUGAUGCGUACGAAAAAGCCCACGAUGAUGUUCUAGAAGCGGUUAGUAAGUCUAUUUACCUGUCACCCAACUUAUUUUUCUAGGUACAAUCCUCCUGCAGCAACGUUGGGGUAAAAUGUGAUUUGGGUUCCGUGGAUGUCCAGGUGAGCAAACCCACAAACUUUGAUAAACGCACAUUAAUCUUAAAGUAUUAUCCCGAAUCCGUGCUCACCGAAGAUUUUGGAGCAUAUUUCGAUUUGAGUGGAAACCGAUACAAGAUAAGCGGAAAAACGAUUCCAUAUCGUUUGAACAGUGUGAAUCCGGGUAUCAUUAACAGUUUUAUUUUACCCGUAAGGAAACGGUUUUUGCAAAAUAUCUCUUAAGAUAUCCCCUAUUCAGAUGAAAAUCGCAUUCCGACCGUCAACACCAGUUACUGAGAGAAACGCACAAGGUUUGAGGCAAAAGGUUUGGCGUUAAUUGUUUCAAUGCUCAAAUCAUAUCGUUUUCAGAUCGUGGAUUUUCUGGCAGCGCGGAAAAACGUUCAUAUUACCACCAAUUUUGUUUGAUGUAUAAAUUUUAUUUGAUAUUUGUGGGAAUAGGAAAAUAGACGCUCUCAAUUUGCAAGAAAUUCGAUAUGAUUUGGGUGUUUCAAUAAAUGUGUUUAUGAUUACGUUUAUGAUUAAUCUGCACAUGUGACUAUUCCGGACACAGAUUAGCAUCACUUGACUCGAAUCCUAUAUUAUUUUGUUAAUCAUAUUCUUCGUAGAACUCCCAUUCAAAGCUAAUCACUUUGUUCCACAUCUUGUCACAACACUUGUGAUCACUGACUCUUGGUGAGACUGUUCCUCUCGUGGAUAGGUUGUACUGGACCAGCAAACAAACAAACCGUUUGCUCGUGUCCCUGCCCACUCACUCUCUCAACUCCACAGAAAGUUCUCCCCCGAUUCUGUUUGGUUCCCACUCCCAUUUCACUCAGUUUUCCCAUCGUUACCGCGUGCAAUGGCAUCGCUGUGUGUAUCCGUAUAUUGGAAGCAACGGGCCGCACAAAACGGUCAGAUCGGCCGCGGUUGUGUGUGUGUGUGGGUGGCUGGCUGAGCGUAUGCGUGUGUGUUGCGCAGUCCUUCAAGAUGAAGAAAGGUGACGGCGGGUGACCCUCUCCGCCUCGACGUCUUCCCUCGGCACCAUAACUCGUCUCUUUCUCUUGCUUUGCCUAUCCCGCACAAAUCAAUAACCAUGUGAUCGGCGUGUGCUGCGGAUAUUCGAGCUCUUCACCUAACCAUUUUGUGUUUUUUAUGAAGAGCAAUGAAUAAGAAAAACAAAUCGGAUGCACUGAAUGUUAUUCUCGGCAUUACUUUUUUCGUAAUUGCACAUCCCCAGCUGGAAAAUUCUGUAAUCAACCCUUGUUAUUCGCGUGAGAAAUGGAUAAAUACCACCCAGCGAUUUCUUCUCUCACGACUAAUACGUCUUCAUAAACAUUGAUGUUUAGUAUUGUUGAACCGCGAUCAGGCCGGUUUUGCCAGACAGGCAAGGUAACACAGAGACGUUGUCAACUCGACACGUCUUCGUACAGAAGGUCAGUUUCGGAAUCGGUCUUUUCUCGUUUACCUUUUCAAUCGACCAAAACGAAUCAAUCACGGAAGACACAUUCGAAUCCUAUGGGUGGUCGUUUUCAACCCACAGACAUCCUUUUUGUUCCAUAUGCCUGCAACCCUCGGCCGGCGUCCGUCACGUGCCCUUCUCUGUGACAUGGCCUCCCGGCGCACCCAUUUAUAUUCUCGAAAUGAGUUCUGAACCCGCCCGGUCGUUGUUUUAUGUGGAGGAGAGGAGUUUCUGAGACCGAAAGCGUUGGCUGCUGCCGCCGUCCAACCGUUUUCAAAGUGUUUCGCGUUUCUUUGUCUCCGCGCUGUUUUGUUCGCGCCAGCCAUCCGCAUUCCAAUUUCACUCGAACACUAAGUGUUGCAUCCUCGCAUCGCGAAGACUUAUUGUGUCAAAAGCACGAACAGCUUCGUUUUAGAUCAAAGUGAUCCAUUUAAACAGAUGGACAACUGUCAAUGUCUAGACUCUGUUUGUUAUUGAGUGACGAUUCGAUUCGAUUCGCAUUCUCAAUACUCAAGAAAUUAUGCACUAGGCAAGCGUCAGGGACACAUUCAAUUUGCAUCGUCACAAAAUUAUUGAGAAAUUGGUAGCUUCUGUCGUUCAUUUGCCUCCACAAAGCGCGUGACACGUGAUGCACCAACAAAAGUACUUGUCAGGCGAGCGAAGCGAAGCAUUAUUCAUCUGCCGCUUACCCCAUUCAUACUCAAUUUCUCCUUCAUUGACUCAUUUUACUCAUCUCCUCCUAGUCUCAACUAUUUUUCGGUCGAAUCGUCCGCUGAGCCGAGUGUGUUUUCCUUGCCGACCUACUCACAAGAAUCUGCCCGCAGCAGUGUCGAUUUGUUUGCAAUUUCACGGAAUUCGGUCUUGUUUAUUUUACUGACAGUUCGUUCGGGAGGCAGCUCUGCACUUUUCACACACCCCUGUGCCGCGUGAGCUCUACUCGGUUUCAUAUUCUUAUUCGAGAAAUUCUAGAAAUGAUUCUGAGAAUUGUGGCUAAUCAGACUAGAUGAGAGCCUUUUUAUGUACAAUGGCUCCUAAAACUGAGCUAAUUUCAUUUGCGUUGUUUGUGUCGACUUGCCAAGCCGUUUCGAACUGACAAACUGACACACAAAACAAUGUGCUUCAAAACAAUUGUUCUGUGUGUGCUUCUACUGGUUAUUGAUUCUCAAUGUCAUAUUGACCACCAUGCCCUUCUUGACACUUCCCUUCUUAUCAGAAUCCAUCACAUUUUAGUGCAAAUAUUGUGAAGAACGACCAAGUGUUUCAAGACCAGUUAUCUAACUUUUCGCAAUUUUGCCGCAAACUUUCCAUUCUCACCACUUUAUUUUUCAAUCAUUUCAGAAUGCAAUGGAACUAAAUUCGAGUCAAGACUCGACUGUUUCAACCUUUCCAGACCGCUGCAAAUCAGUCAUGAACGUCAUUCGUCGUGCUUUCAGCUUCCGCGACAAACGUCCAACCAGUAAGUUCCAGUCUGCUCUCCAAAUGGGCUUAUCUUUUCUUUUUCAGAACAACCAACCGAAGAAGCGUCGGGAUCGUCGAUUGAGAUGAAAGAAGUAGCAAAGCCGCGUGUCGACUCUCUUCCGAGUAGUGACAAAGAUCAUAAACCAAGCCGUCAACUUGUUUGUUCCAGGCAGCGACAUGCCCUCCACAUCUGCUUCUUCUCCCCCGGUCCGUGUUCCGACUGUGUACGAAGAUCCGUUUGUUGCCAUCAAUGCGAACGGAACCAUCUUCAUCAAACACUACUACAACUUCCAGGAACGGGCCGAGUAUCGCAUGGAGAGUGCACGCCUCGGUCAUGUGGUUAGACUAACCAAUAAAAAAAGAACUUGAAAAUAGAGUGCAUUACAUUUCAGAAGAGAAACAGUAGAAUCAUCAAAGCAAAGGACAUUUCGAAGAUUUACUACGCUACUGCAAACACUUGCACGGACCCGACUCUCUGCAAGAAUUGGGGAAUCUGCAUGAACAACGUCUGGUGGGCGAGCCAUCUCAGCAGGUGCCGGCUUUACUGAAGUGUUUCGGAGGAAAAUAUGGAUAAUAUUUGCAGAAUGGAUCCUGGAAACGUUUUCACCAACGUGGUUCUGAUCGACGACAGUCUCAUGUACCCCGGACUCUCCGUCGUCAACAUCGAUGCGUUCGCCGAGAGUCUCCAAUGCGUCGGCCUUCCGAGAGAUGCUCCAUUCCAGAACGGGCUCCCAAACCCGCCUCUUAGCAUGCUCAGUAUCCCGUACAUUGACGAGGACGAUGACGGUGAGUGACGUUUCAAAAUAUUCAUCGAAAAAGUGAAUGCACGAUGUGAUCCUCGAUGUUUUGGCACGUCAUGUGCAACUGUACAUAAACGAAAUAGUUGUUGCAGAGAUUCCGAAGAAACGCAAGACUCGUCGCAAUCCGUCGAAAGCCAAAAAACCCGAGUAA